CGUAAGGUGAUGCAAAAUUAUGCACGCUUCUUUUGCUUCUUGGCAUAUCCCUUUGCAUCUAAAGCCCAUUUAAUAGCCCCAUAUUAGAUUGAUGGAUACCAUAAUCCGAUUUGACCCUAUAUAUAUAUAUAUAUAUAGUAACAAAUAGAGAACUUUUCUUAGAUUCGAGACCAAGUAACAUGUGUGUGAAUCUGGAUAGUUAUUCUCCUAAUCUUAUCCAUUUCUCAACCCGAUUAACGGGACCUAAUCGGGUUCGAUAGGUACAAAAAUCCGACCCGGUAUGAGCCAACGUGGAGCGACAGGGACAAGGAACGUUCGGUGUUCCGAACGCUUCCCAGGACGAGAUUUUGUUCCCUCAGUAACAAACUCCUCGUGGGUCCCACAGAAGGGAAGGUAAGGUAAGGUUCGUGGGAGAAAUGUGGGGACGUGUUCUCCAACUCCUUCCAAGUUUAACCGUAGUCUAUCGCCCAUUUUGUCGAGAUCCAAGCGUAUUCUUAUCUCUCUCUCACUCUCUCGACGCUUCCGUCGUUUCGGCGUGGAUCAAAGCGGAAUGGUCGGCCUCCUUAGCUCAAAUCUCGUGUUUUCUUUUUGACCUUCGGUUUGCUUUCAUUGUGCGAUCCGUGAUUCGUGAUUCAGAUAUUUCACAGCUGGCUUGCGAAGUCGAAAUUUUCUUCCUGAUGAUCUGGUUUGUGAUUUGGUGGAGCAUCCGGAAUCCAGGCUAUGCUGCUUUUGCGUCUCAGGUUCAAUGAACCAACACAGCGCACUCGGUUGAUGUUCAUGCACUUAAGUCCUUUUUUGUUAGUUUCUUGUCCCGUUGAUUUUUGAAUUCUUGGAUUUGUUGGAGGAAGGAGAUUAAAGGAAAGCUCUAAAAGGUGGAUUUGAGGCAUCAAGGAGUGAUUGUGUCGCUAAGAAUCAAUGCUGAAUGUUGAAGGUGGUGGAAUGGGGCAGAAUCGGCACGAAGAUUGUUCUCAACCCUGUUCAAAUUUGUGCCCUAAUCAUAGUUCACAAUGUGAUUCUUCCUCUCAAAGUGGUGAGGAAAAGGGAGGAGGGCCAGGUCAGACUUCACAGGCAAUUCACAUGGGUGGGGUAGUGGAUUCUCCUGAUCUUAUCGUUGUGAUCACUCAGCCAGAGGAGGUUCCACUCCCCGGCAUGAGCAUCUCCCAGAGUAAAGCUUCAGAAGGCGACGAGAAAACCGGUAUGGUGGCUGCUACAUCUGCGGUUACUUCUCUGAAGGUGUUCUUGCCGAGGAGUGAGAGUUUCAAGGAUCAGUGCAGAGUUUGUCAACAGCAAACAGAAGAACCACUGAUUGAUCUUGGGUGCAGAUGUCGAGGUGAGCUUGCAAAAGCACACAGCUCUUGCAUACAAAUUUGGUUCCGUACUAAAGGUUCAAAUCAAUGCGAGAUAUGCCAGCAGGUGGCUGCAAAUGUGCCAUUUCCAGAGCCCCAGUCAAGUACAAGUUACUGGAUUUGGAGGGUAAAUUCAGGUCACAACAGGGGGCAACAAGAAAAUGAAAGAGGAUGGUUGAACCCACUUUGGGUUGCAUUUGCCAUUAUAAUUGGAGGACUUAUGUUGGAUGUACUAAUAUCAGUUUCUCUUGGAAUUUCUUCACGUCCGGUGAACAUCAUAACUGGUGUUCUCAUCAUGCUGGGAAUGGCUGCUGCUCUGCGGCUUUCGCUGGAAUGCUGUCGAGAGUUGGGUCAAACAAGAAAUACUCAGGCACAAGUGACUUUUAAUCCUGGGUAUCAUCCUGCGAUAUAGCUCUUGUCGUGAAUAACACAGAGAGGAGAGCUUUUGCCUUUUAUAUUUUUCUGGUGUCAUAUAAACUGCUGACUUCACAGGUGAUUGGGUCAGUGUCAAUUAUCUGCUUCUUAAAUAUGCUGCAUAGUGUUUACUUGUCAUUUGAAGUUUCUUGAGAUUUAUGUGCUAUUUAUGCUUACACUCUGCUCUUGUUGUAUGUAAUUGUACUACUAGCUUUGAUUUUUUUAGAUGGAAUGGUUACCUUGAUUUUGGCUUCUUUCUUA